CAACAAUUUCACAAAUUCAAGGCAAUGUAAUUAAUAAUUUUAUAAUUUUAUAGAUUUUGUUUAGUGUCUUAAUGACCUUAACAAUUAUUUUGCAAAUAUCAAGACAAAACAGGUCCAUGGUCAACUGAGUCAGUAAGUGACCUGGUGACUGACAACAGACUGGCAUGGGACCUAGGCGGAAAAAAAUCAAUAGAGGAACUGCGGCCCGCAAAUCGAUAAAGGAAGAAGCUGUCAUUAAUGCUCAAGCUUUGAGAAAAGAUGAGGCUGGGAUAAAAAUCCAGAAACUGAUAUCUGAUUUGGUAUCUAGCGGUUAUGAAGCACUGGUGGUGGCCACUCGUGUGGAGGAGGACAUGCUUAUUUACCAGGGCAGUGAACUGGGUGUAGAUUUCCUCAACAACAAUGAACAGCUGUUGAAAGAUUUCCUGCCGUUUUGUAAAAAACCUCAGCCUGUUGACCCACCUAAAACCCACAAAGCGAAGCCAGAAUGUGAUUCUGAUGGAACAGAUGACCUAAAUAUAGAUGACUUUGAUACAACCAGACUUAAACCCAAUGAAACUGCAAACCAAAAUGGUGACAUUGAAGCUGAUGUUGACAUAGGAAUGGAAGCUGAAGAUGGAAAUGAUGAUACUGAUGUUGAUGAUAUAGAUGAAGGCACAAGAAAUGAUUGUCUUGAAUCAGAGGAGAUAGAAACAGACUGUUCGGGUGAAACAAGCUUAAAAUUAAAGAAAGCUAAGCUGUCAGUGAAGGAAAAAGAAAUAGAAAGAGGCAGAAUUGAUAAGCGGAAAGCUAAGGAAAAAAAUCAACAUGAUGGAAGUGAUUUGGAUAGUGCACCUUCCAAUGCAGAUGAAAACAAUGAGAAUGAAUGUAAGAAUGAGGAAGAUGGUAGAACUGGCAGUGGCAACAAAGAUGAGAAGCCAGUGAAAAAGAGAAGGGUGCGAAGUGAUAGGCAAAAGAAAAUGAAGGUUGUUGAUCCGAAAAGAUGUCGUGACAAGACAGUGGUGCUUCCUGAUGAAGUGAUGGCAGGAAUUUAUGUGAAAACAUACAAAAGAUUUAUCGUAGGUAAAGAUGAUACCCUUGCUGACUUUCUUGAAACGGAUAUGAACAAAGAGGUUCUCUGGCGCAGGGAAAAGCCUGUUUCCAAAUAUGACUGCUCACCUGAUGUUGUUAAGUGGACAGAUUCUAAAGUUAAUGGUGAACUUGUGCUAGGUUAUGCUGAAAAUGUCCUUAAGGCUUUUAAAGAUUUAGACAGUGUUAAGGUUGAAAUGAAAAGAACAAAGAUAUGUCCAUUUUGCAAAGAGAAAGUAAGAUUGGUAAAAGAAAUAGAUACUCAUAUCACCAAACAUACAGAAAAGAUGGAGGAAAAGUUGGAAUCGUGUCAAAAAUGCUCUGUAACAAUGCCUGCUGGUUACUUGCUAAACCAUGCCUGCUUAAAGAGGCAAAUGGGUAUCCCAAGUCAAUUUACGAUUGGAAGUAAAGAUGCCAGGGAUGACGUGGCUUAUUUUGAGUUCAAACUUAGCCAUAGUAACAAGAAAAAGUUCCUUUGCGAUGUGUGUUUGGAGUCCUUUGAUGAUAUUGAAAAUUUCAAGAAUCAUUAUUUUUACCAGCAUGCAAGAAACUUUUACUGUAUAUGCAGCAAAGUUUUACAGACACUGGAGCAGAUAAAAAUACAUGUUGAAUCAGUAAAAUGUCGAGAUACUGAAAGGGAACAGAAAUGCUUAUCAUGUGAAACUGUUUUCUGUUCGAGCAAUGAACUACUUGACCAUCUUAAGACAAAACAUAACAAAUCUGAAAUUUAUAAAUGCGAGACCUGCGAAACAUGGUUCUCCUGUACCCAUUUAUUGGAAGCACAUUGCUGCACAAAAGAAUUUGUGUACCGCUGCUCAGAAAAAGGAUGCCAGGAGCGAUUUAAAAAGUAUCAUCAUCUGCAACACCACAGAAACGAUGUUCAUGGGACUGGGGCUCAUCUAUGCAGCUACUGUGGUAAACGGUACUUAUCUGUUAGCCACCUCAAAACCCAUUUGGAGUGGCGGCACAGUGUUGGCGGGAAAGAGGUGAAAUGCAAAGAGUGUGGACGAAUUUGCAGAGGAAUAAAUGUCUUACGAAAUCAUAUGCAGUCCCAUAUUGUUGAAAAACGCUUCAGCUGCGAAAUAUGCGGAUUUACCACGAAAAGAAGCUCUUACCUGAGCAAGCACAAGAGAUUGCAUUCGGCUGUACCGUUUAAGAAGAAAGUAUUCACUUGUGAGGUCUGCAAUAUUGAGUUCGCUAGAUAUGGAAGUCUUCAGUACCACAUAUUUAAAUCGAACCAUAUAACACUGACACAGCCUCUUAAAGACAAAGCAUUUAGGAAGUGUCAGUUUUGUGAAAAGGUCCUUCCAACCAAAGAUCACCUUAAACGUCAUGAAAAGGUUCACACCAAAACAGCAGACCACGGUUGUGAAGUCUGUGGGAAGCGAUUUAUCGAUCGGAGCAACUAUCGGCAGCACAUGUGGACGCACAAGGGAAAACCAAAAUGUCAACAGUGCGGAAUCGAUUUCCGAUCAAACAAGAAAAUGCACGAACACAACGAAGCGGUUCAUGGAAUCGAAAUUCCUGAAAAGUCGUAUGAGCCAAAUUUUAACAUAAAUAAAGACGGUGAAAGAAUGCCUCCCUAUGCAGUGCCAGUUUUAAAUGUUAACAAUGAAGGUAAAGAUGAUGAGACAAGUCCUCCGCCAUACACUGUGAAAUCUAUUACACAAGUUGUAGUAGAGAAUGGGUUGGAGGGUGUGAAUAUGUUCAAUAAUGUGCAAGUGCCUCUGGGUGAGGCUGAACUAGGAAAUCAUUUACAACUGAGGCCAAAUUUUCCGACCGAGCAAGAUUAUUUUCAUCCCAUGGACAACCUUAAUGUUCAUCAUUUAAAUUUGUCAUCAAUAUAGUCUCCUGUGGGAAAACCGAAACGUUCAUCAUUCUAAUUUGUCAUCAAUAUAGUCUCCUGUGGGAAAACCGAAACGUUCAUCAUUUGAAUUUGUCAUCAAUAUAGUCUCCUUUGGGAAAACCGAAACGUUCAUCAUUAGAAUUUGUCAUCAAUAUUGUCUCCUGUGGGAAAACCGAAACAUUCAUCAUUAGAAUUUGUCAUCAAUAUAGUCUCCUGUGGGAAAACUGAAACAUUCAUCAUUUGAAUUUGUUAUCAAUAUAGUCUCCUGUGGGAAAACCGAAACAUUCAUCAUUAGAAUUUGUUAUCAAUAUAGCAGUCCUAUUGAAAAUGUAAAUAAUGAUCAUUUGGAUUGUUGGUCAAAAUCAAGAAUAUGCUUUCUCUUUGUUUAAAUUGUUCACAAUUAAAAUUCAAAUAUUUUGAUUCAAGGUAAUUUGGUAGAUAUUAUUUAAUUCAGAAGGCAUAAUUAUUAUUAUUAUAAUACACAGUCAUUUCAGUGGCACAUGAAUUUGUUCAUAAAUUAAGCAUUUAUUAUAAACCUUAUCAUACUGAAUAUUAGACGAGGGACGAUAUUUUAUAACAAAAAAUUAAAACAAAAGUAGAAGUUGUUUUAAAACAAAGUACACAUCUUCAAUGAAAUUAAGAAUAAUUUAUAUGUAAACCAUAAGUGCUGAGUGAGAUACUUAACUAAGGACACUGACUUCCGAAGUUUAGCCAUGUUUUUCAUUGAAACACUGAAGUUUAGCCAUGUUUUUCAUUGAAACACUGAAGUUUAACCAUGUUUUUCAUUGAAACACUGAAGUUUAACCAUGUUUUUCAUUGAAACACUUAAGUUUAGCCAUGUUUUUCAUGGAAACACUGAAGUUUAACCAUGUUUGUUUUUUUUGGAAACACUGAAGUUUAUACGUUUUUCAUUGAAAUACUGUAGUUUAAUUAAACAUGUUUUUUCAUUGAAACACUGAUUAUCUUCAGUUUACAUUAUUGUCUAAUAUAUUUAAACUGUUGCAUGUGUAUUACUACAAAGUCAGUGCACUAGCUAUAUAUAUACAGUACACUCAACAAGUUAGACCCACUUUCCGUUUCCCUCCGCGGAUUUUUGCUAUCGCAGCCAACAUAAUGAUUUUAUCGACUGUCCGCGUUCCUCAGAGUUUGAAUUUAAGGCCCUUGGAGGGUGAUCAGUCGACCGAAGAAUAACGAACUCGGCGUUACUCGGAGGGGUUAACUCCGCGAAACUCUGCGGACACAAGAUAAAAAUCUACGCUAAAGUUAUAUUUAUUUUAUUAAAUUUUUCAACCGAUUACGAAGUGAGCGAGGAAAGUGGGUCUAACUCGUUGAGUGUACUGUAUCCUUGAUAUAUUCCGUAAUUUUUUCAAGAACCAAACAUCAACCUGAAAUCAAUAUAACAUAUGAUUUUCAUUUUCAAGUCGUGAAUCAUCAGUCUUGGGUAGCUCAGUUCAAAGGUCUGGCAUGUUGGAGGUUGUGAGUUCAAACCCAUGUUGAAUUCUUCUUUUUUGCAUUUACUUUCAAUUUUAUGUUCAUUUAUCAUAGAAAUAUCAUCCAUCUUGCUGCGUCAUGCAUUUAUAGUAAACUAAAGGGUUGAUAAUUUAAUGGAACUAAUAGUAUUCCAAUCACGAAGUUGAAUUCUUCUCUUUUAAUUUUUAUUGCAUUUACUUUAAAUUUUAUGAUCAUUUUAUCAUCAAAAUAUCAUCUGCCGGUAUCUUGCUGCGUCAAUUAUUUGUAAUAAACUGUAGUAUUCCAAACACCGAUACUUGCCGAAUUUGAACUUGCAUCCUUUAGAUUGUAAAUUCUGUAUAAAAUCAUUGGGUUAAAUUGUAAACCAAUGGUAGAACACUGAACUACUAGUUCUGUUGUAUCAGUUUCCGAUCACUGUUGAAUUCCUAAUAAAAGAUAAAUAUAGCUAGGCCUAAAAAAAUAAAUUGUUUGGUUAGGGUUACAUCCUUUUCAAAAAUAGGUAGGGUAGGUAGGCUUUUUAUUUUUUUUUAUUUAUUUUUUUUUAUUAGGCUUUAUAUAAGAAUGUCAUUUUCAUCAUU